CUUCUCUAACACAGUGGAAUUGCAUUCUCGCUUGCUUAAGCAGUUCCCUUGCCAGAGCCGCGCUCAUUGGACCGAACCGGCUACGUCAUCAACUGUCCUUUAUUUCAUACGACUCGUCGCGGUGAGAGGAAGCAGUUCUGAGUGAGACCGUCACCAUGACGACAAGCAGGACUUACGACCUGGUCAUUUUCGGGGCUUCUGGCUUUACCGGACAAUUUGUAGUGGAAGAGGUGGCUCGGAGCACAGCUGAAGGACCGAAGGGGAAUCUGAAAUGGGCCAUCGCUGGACGAAGUCGCGAGAAGCUGGAAAAAGUUUUGGAGCAGGCGGCAGAGACGCUGGGUAAACCAGAGUUAAAGACUGAGGUGGAUAUUUUGAUUGCUGAUAUCAGUGAUGCAGAGUCCCUUGCUUCCAUGAGCAGGCAGGCAGCCAUUGUUCUCACAUGUGUAGGACCUUACAGAUUUUUUGGAGAGCCAGUCAUCAAGGCCUGUGUGGAGAAUGGGGCACAUUGCAUCGAUAUAAGUGGUGAGCCACAGUUUCUUGAAAGUAUGCAGCUUCACUACAACAACCUAGCAGCUGAAAAAGGGGUAUAUGUGGUUGGCAGCUGUGGUUUUGACUCCAUUCCAGCUGAUAUGGGUGUUAUUUAUACUAAAGAGCAAUUGAAAGGAACUUUGACGGCAGUUGAAAGCUUCUUGUCUGUUAACAGUGGACCUGAGGGUAGUUGUAUUCAUGAUGGAACUUGGCAGUCUGCUAUUUAUGGUUUUUCUGACCAAGAUAACUUGAGAAACUUAAGAAGAAAAUUUGGAUACAAACCUCUUCCAGUUGUUGGUUCAAAAAUAAAAAGAAGAGGCGCGGUGUUCUACAGUGAAGAAGUUCAAAAAUAUGCUAUUCCUUUCAUGGGAUCAGAUCCUUCUGUGGUUAAAAGGACUCAGCGCUACUUAUAUGAGGAGCUUCAAGAGUCUCCAGUUCAGUAUGGAGCAUUUGCAGCUGUUGGUGGAAUCUGCUCUGUUAUCAAGCUAAUGUUUGCAGGCUUGCUGUUUUGGAUGUUUGUCAAAUUCAGCUUUGGAAGAAAUCUUUUGAUGAAGUACCCAAAAUGGUUCUCUUUUGGUUAUUUCACAAAAGAAGGUCCCACUAGAGAGCAGAUGGAAGGCUCAUCAUUUAGUAUGACAUUUUUUGGUGAAGGAUAUAGUAAAGACAAAGAUCCAAAUCAAGACAAACCCAAUAUGAAAAUAGUUACUCAAGUGAAAGGACCAGAAGCAGGCUACAUUGCUACUCCAAUAGCCAUGGUUCAAGCUGCAAUAACAUUACUGAAUGAGCCACAUUCUAUACCGAAAAAGGGUGGAGUGUAUACUCCUGGAGCAGCCUUCUACAAGACGAGCUUAAUUGAACGCCUGAACAAGCAUGGCGUUCAGUUUUCUGUCAUUACCAAGCCAGAGGUGUAACAAUAUAUGCAGAGUCCGCUUCCCCUCCUUUAUAAGCAACAGUUUAUCUAAUGGUAUGAUAUAAACAGCACUUAAGUACCAAGCUUGUCCAUGUUGUUGUUUUUUUUUUUGUCUUGUCAAUUUUGAAGCUGCCUUUGUUUGUUAAAUAAUUUAAAUCACUCCUAGUACUUGUACACCAAACUGUCUUAUAAUGGUGCAUGUUUUUGAAUUAACUAAGUAAUAAAAUUCUAUGAAAUUUAAUGCAGUUUCAAUAUUACCUGAAGAGAUUUAUUUUGUUGUUUUUAAUUUACUGACAAGGAUAUAAAUGUAACAUUUUACAUAUUUAAAAACAAGGUAAAGACCAAAUGCUAGAUGCCUAAGAUACAGUUACUGAUUUCAUGCCUACAAAAUUAAUUAUUCAUAUUGUGUGUGCUUUUGGUUUUCUUUUCAGUUAAAAAAAAUGUGUAAUUGUUUACAUAGACAGCAGUUUCACAAAAUUUCAUACUAAAGAGUGAUUCUAACUAUGGAUGCCCUUUUUUUUCUUCUUGGUUAAGCUUCUGGAUCUAGUUUUUAUUUUUUUAAUUUAAAAAUUGUGGAUAAAACCUUUACAUUGGUUCUAGAACCUUGUAAAAUUGAUAUUCUGAACAUGAUCAGUAUAUCAAAUAACUUGAUGUAUUGCUGUUCUUAUUGAGUUUUAAAUUGGGGUGAUUGUGGGGGGUUAGGAUAAAUAUUUCUUUAAUAUACUGUACAUGUCUUCUUGAGGAUUAGUAUCUUUAUGGAUUUUUAUGACACAUGGUAACCAAGUUUACAUCUGAUGAGUUUUAAACUGCAUAGAUCUUUUUGCAUGAGACUCAGUUUUGAUAUAUUUACAUCUUAACAAUAUAGAAAUCUUAGUUGUAAUACUCCUGUAAAUAGGUGGUUAAUAGGCUACCUGUUAUAAGAAGCAAAUUUUUAUUUUAGUCAAGUCUAUUGGCACUCUAGUCAAUUUAACUGUAUCUUUUAAAAUAAAUUAUGUAAAGGAG